UGACGGAUUCAACAGAAGUUCGAGGUCGAUCAGAUGGAGAGGGUUGCCAGGUAUACAGCGGAGCGCGGACUCGAUGUGCCCAACACGGGUGGUGCAAGGGGAGGAGAGGCGGGGCGGCGUCCGGUGGAGGGAGGGGUCGGGGGAGAUGGUGGGCAUGGUGCGCCAGACCACCCGUUGGGGGGUGGAGGCGGUGACACGGAGGAGGGCGUGAUCCACGUCAAUCGCGAGGCGCGUUGCCCGGGCGAGGAGGGAGUCCCGGCACACGAGGACGUGCCAAAAUUUUAUCCAGGCACUGGGGAGAGGAUGGAGGACUGGAGGAGCCGAGCAGGCAAGGGACCUGCAACGGAGGUGCCUUCCAAGAGGAAGGAAGGAGGAAGUGAUUUGGUUGACACCCCAGCAGGAAAGAGGCUUUGGCAGCAGAAGGUGACUGAGGUCUACGGUGGCGAUUCCCCGCGCGUUGUGCUCCCCAACCACAGCGAGGUUGCGAGUAUGAGGGCGGUGGAGACACACUGUGUGGAGCUGGCGGAGGAGUUGGAGGAGGUGAGGCAGCCAUUCUGGGUGACUGGUGCCGCCCUCCUCUCCGAUGGGAGGAAAUCACGAGACGGGAGACUGAUCGUGAAUUUCCUUGUCGUUGGCUCGCGAGGGGUCGUCGUGUACAUGACGAUCAAUCGAGGAGCGAGCCGGACGAUGCAGUGCACGUCCUUCGGAGAUGGGUUACCAUCUUCCACAAGUUCAGCUUCGGUGGCCCACAGCGGGUCAAUGCGAUAUGCACUGACUCCACUUCUGCGUCGACAACAAGGGAUUCAUGAUGCUCCGUUGCACGUUUUGCAGCAAAAUUUCCAAGGGACCCUGUUUCAGGCCACAAGGCACUUCACACAAAAGAACUACUGCAAGGACGUCAGCGACGAGGCGUUGUACGAGAUCGCGCGACGGACUCAACAGAAGUUCGAGGCCGAUCAGAUGGAGAGGGUUGCCAGGUAUACAGCGGAGCGCGGACUCGAUGUGCCCGACACGGGUGGUGCAAGGGGAGGAGAGGCGGGGCGGCGUCCGGUGGAAGGAGGGGUCGGGGGAGAUGGUGGGCAUGGUGCGCCAGACCACCCGUUGGGGGGUGGAGGCGGUGACACGGAGGAGGGCGUGAUCCACGUCAAUCGCGAGGCGCGUUGCCCGGGCGAGGAGAGAGUCCCGGCACACGAGGACGUGCCAAAAUUUUAUCCARGCACUGGGGAGAGGAUGGARGACUGGAGGAGCCGAGCAGGCAAGGGACCUGCAACGGAGGUGCCUUCCAAGAGGAAGGAAGGAGGAAGUGAUCUGGUUGACACCCCAGCAGGAAAGAGGCUUUGGCAGCAGAAGGUGACUGAGGUCUACGGUGGCGAGUGGGUUGYUCGCCACAAGAAGGCCUUCCUUCGCUGGCUCUAUUCCAGCGGGGUCUCCUUUAAUGCCUUCCGCAACCAGGCUUGGAAGGCAUAUCAACAGGUGCUUCUUAAGCAGCCUAGCAGUUCCCAGCGCGUUGUGCUCCCCAACCACAGCGAGGUUGCGAGUAUGAGGGCAGUGGAGACACACUGUGUGGAGCUGGCGGAGGAGUUGGAGGAGGUGAGGCAGCCAUUUUGGGUGACUGGUGCCACCCUCCUCUCCGAUCGGAGGAAAUCACGAGACGGGAGACCGAUCGUGAAUUUCCUUGUCGUUGGUUCGCGAGGGGUCGUCGUGUACAUGACGAUCAAUCGAGAGGGCGAGCCGGACAAUGAAGUGCACGUCCUUCGGAGAUGGGUUACCAUCUUUCACAAGUUCAGCUUCGGUGGCCCACAGUGGGUCAAUGCGAUAUGCACUGACUCCACUUCUGCAUGGGAUCCAUGGUGGCAAAGAGUGGCCACCAUCGUCCAUAUCAUGCAGCCCGUCAUGGAGUUGCUUAGGCGGAUGGAUCGUGGAGGACAGUAUAUGUCCCUCAUGAUCGAGUGGACACAAGAUCUUGUCCGCCGUGUCACGAACGCAUGCGCUCCAUUGGGGAAGUCGUUCGCUGACCGGAUCAUCAGGCGUGUGGAGGCUCGCACAGAGCACAUGCUUGAGCCGGCUCACUGUGCAUGGUUCUUACAGAACCCCCACAGGCGACACAUUCGCUAUGUUUCGGGCGAGGUUCAUCGGUACCAUACUUGGCUUGUGGGGCAAGCCAAGAGGUACAUUCUGACGCAGACGGGUUUCGAGUUGGAGGGUGCGGAGUACAUCCUUGCAUGUCGGUAGUUUGAGGACUUCCACAUUCAGCAGGGUAGGUUCGGGGAUUGGGGCGGCCCGGAGGGGCAUGCUCGUGGGCGCGCGUGCAGCGACGACGA